AUGGAGGGUGCCACGGGUAAGAGUAAGGUAGUGGUGGUGAUGGGCGCGACGGCCACCGGCAAGUCGAAGCUGGCCAUCGACCUCGCGCUGCGGUUCGGCGGCGAGGUCAUCAACUCCGACAAGAUCCAGGUCCACGACGGGCUCGACGUGGUCACCAACAAGGUCACCGACGAGGAGCGGGCCGGCGUGCCGCACCACCUCAUCGGCGGGGUGCACCCGGAGGUGGACUACGAGGUCGCCGACUUCUGCCGCGACGCCGCGCGCGCCGUCGGGUCCGUCCUCGCCAGGGGCCGCCUGCCCAUCAUCGCCGGCGGGUCGAACAGGUACCUCGAGGCGCUGCUGGACGGCGAGCCGGGGUUCCGCCGGCGGCACGAGCUCUGCUUCCUCUGGGUGGACGCUCAGCUGCCGGUGCUGCGCAGCUACAUGCACGACCGCGUGGACUGCAUGGUGGAGCAGGGGCUCGUCGGCGAGGUCCGGGAGCUCUUCCGCCUCGACGCGGACUAUUCCCGGGGUAUCCGGAGGUCCAUUGGCGUGCCGGAGAUGGACGCCUUCUUCCGGCACGAAGCCUCCAAGGCACUCGCCGGCGCCGACGACGACGAGGAGCUGCGCGCGAGGCUCCUGGCCGCCGCCAUCGGCGAGAUCAAGGCGAACACCUGCAAGCUGGCGCAUCGCCAGCUGCUGAAGAUCCACCGGCUCCGCGGCCUCGCCGGCUGGAGCCUCCACCGGCUCGACGUCACCAGGGCGCUCGCGCUCAAGGUGGAGAGGACGUCGUCCAAGGCAGCACAGCACGCCGCGUGGGACGCGGACGUCGUCGAGCCCGCGGCGCGGGUGGUCGAGACGUUCCUCCAUGGAGGAAAUGUGGCCGGCCAUGGCAGCGGCAGGGACGAGCAGCCCAUGGUAGGGACGACCGGCGCAAUGGAGGUUGCGGCCGAGGCGCGCUGUGGUCUGCGGCUGGCGGUGGAGACGGCGGUGGCGCUGGCAUCUCGGUCCGGCCGCGGCGGGUUCCAUGGAAUGGAGGCGGCCGUUUGA